AUGAAGAUCUGCACAGCUGUCCUCCCGGCUCUUGUGGCCAUCGGUCUCGCUCAAACGCCUCCGGGCGUUCAGCUGCCCAUUGCAGAGGUUUGUGGUGGCAACGACAGUGUCGUCUGUGUCAACAAAUACGCGGCCGUGCUUCCUUACCACUUCUCCCGCAACGUGAGUUCCAAUGACCAUGAAUACGAUUUUCGCAACACUUCUGUUCCGUCCAAUGGGACAGAUUUUGACCUGCUACUCGACGCGGACUUUGUUGUCUACGACCGGGAACUCGCUAUGGAAUAUUUAGGCGCCAAUCCAACCUACGAGUUUGUCUUUGCCGUGUCUAAGGCGGUGCAUGAAGCACCAGUCUAUGCUCCAGAGCAAAAUCUGCUCUUCAUCUCGCAGCUUGCCCCGCCAACGGGCUAUCUCCCCCAACUUGUCAUCGAUUUGAAUGUUGAUCCACCAACGCUGUCCGAAUAUCUCCCUGAUCCACCUAUAUACGCUCCCAAUGGCGGCACGUUCCGUGAUGGAUUGAUCAUUUUCGGUGCCUCUGGGGGUAACGAUAGCAUUGGUGGUGGUGAGCAAAGAGUAUCGAUCCGUACGGUCGAUCCAGCCACGAACGAAUCGACAGUCAUUCUUAAUAACUACUUCGGCUAUUACUUCAACAAUAUCGACGACUUGGCCAUCCACCCGACCAGUCGCGAGAUCUUCUUCACCGAUCCAUUAUAUAGCUACUAUAACGGCCUAACGGAUACCGCACCUCAGCUUCCGGUGGCCAGCUACCGUUUCAACCCUGAUACCGGUGCCUGUAUCAUCAUUGAAGAUACGCUUCAGCAACCGAAUGGCAUCGCCUUCACACCUGACGGAGAGACAAUGUAUAUCUCGGAUACGGGCGCUGUGGCUGGCAUCGAAGCUCCUGGCUACGGUGGAGAGGGCACACAAUUCAACACAACCGGCCCUCGCACCAUCUAUGCGUUCGAUUGCUUGAAUAACGGGACAAAGAUCAUCAACAAACGCGCCUUCUACUUAUCGCAGGACUGGGUACCGGAUGGCCUCAAGGUCGCUCAGAACGGCGCAGUGCUGACUGGUGCUGGGAAGGGCGUUGAUGUAAUUGCGCCAACAGGAGAGCUGGUCAUGAGGAUACAAACCAAUUACACGGUGCAGAACAUGGCGUGGACUGGUGACGACCUCAAAACCCUUUGGAUCAUGGGCAACUAUGGUGUAAGCAAGGUCCAAUGGGACCUUGUUGGGCAGAAGCUGACAUGA